AUGAAAAGGAAAGAAAAAAGAAAACAACGUCGCAUGGAUCAUGCUACCUCCCAUGGCUCCGACCAUUCCUCCUUAACCGACGACGAGGAACUGUCCAGCGGCACCGGCGUCCAAGUCUCCCCGGCCUCGGCAACAAGUAGUCAUGGCCAUUAUGACCACUACGAGGUCGGUGGGAGUUGGGACCAUUUGAGCUUCCCCGAUGAAUUGAAGCCUUCCGAUUCGGCCUCCAGACCAAGAACCUCGAACCGUCAUCAUCGCAAUGUGGAUAACAGCAGUCGAUCAGUGCCCAACCGCCGUCAUUCCUCCCGCCGACAUGUGCCUCAGGAACGUGAACCUGUCGCGCUUCGGUCGAGGAGACACCAUCAACCCCCCGCGCCCGCAUCGCCGGCGGAGAGUGUCGACUCUGGCGACGAUUACGAUUAUCCUCCACCUAGACGUCCGCCUGAAAGCCAGUACUGGGCCCCCCAUGCUCCCGCUCCCCCCGGAGGCUAUGCCCGGAGUUCCGUCUCGGCGCCUUCAUACAAUCCAUACCCCCCGCAAGGGAUUAUGCCACACGGAGUGAUGCAGCCAGGACACGCCGGGCAUCCGGGGAUGCCGUCGAAUCAAUUGGUACAGCUGGGACAUAUGGGCCAUAUGAACGGCAUGCAUGGCCAUAUGGGCCAUUAUCCCCCGGGCCAGCAGCAUCAUUAUCCCUACGGGCCACCUCCAUUCCCACCGCAUCCGCGAGCACAGAAUCACCCCAUGCCGCCGCCUUUCUUCAACGGCCAAGACCACCAAAUGCACCAACAGCCUAUCCCCCUCCAACGUCAUCACGUUCACCACCAUCGCCGUACGCGGAGCCAAUCUCGUCCGCCACCCGCCCCACGGGAUGAGAGUGAAAGCCCUCCGCCCAGAAGCCCACAUGCCCAUCCGCUGCCUGGUCACCCCCACUCUCAAUUCCCCCCCGCUCAGUUUGGCCCUGUGGAUAUGGUUCCUUACGGCAUGCCCCCCGGCGGUCCUCAUGGAAGUCCGCACGGGGGUCCGCACGGAGGCCCUGCUUACUUUCCCCCUUACGGCCAUCAGUUCCCUCCGAUCCCCCAUGGCAUGCCCCCGCCCCACUUCUUCCACCAAUUUCAACGUCAGCCGUCACCGCCGCCGAAAGAACCCACGCCGCCACCCGCAGCCCCCGCCGCGCCUCCCGCCCCACCCCAGCCGGAUCCCAAAGAUGAAGCCAUCGCACGACUGGAAAAGCUCAUUCUCGAGGAACGAAUGGAACGAGAAGCCAAAGAACUCGCUCGUGAAGCUGCGAUCGAAAAGGCCGCCCGUGACAAGGCUAUUGCGGAGGAGCGUGCUGCAGUUGAGAAAAAAAUCGCAGAAGAAGCCGCAGCUAAGGCAAGCAAGAUCGCUAGAGAAGAAGCGAUGAAAGAGGCCGAAAUAAAAGCCGCGGAAGAGGCUGCCAAAGCUAAAAUAGCUGCGGAAGAAGCCGCCGCUAUUGCAGCUGCAGAAGCAACAGAAAAAGCUACUGCUGAGGCUGCAAUAAAAACUGCUGAGGCUGUUGCGGCUGCCACGGCGGCCGCCCGAGCACCGUCUACUGAGAAAAGGAAACCUAUCAAAUUCAAAGACGCUGUUGGAAGGAAAUUUAGCUUUCCUUUCCACCUAUGUAAUACAUGGCCCGGUAUGGAGGAUCUGAUCCGGCAAGCAUUCCUCCACGUUGACGUAAUUGGACCGCAUGUUGCAGAGGGCCAUUAUGAUUUAGUUGGCCCCAACGGCGACAUCAUCCUCCCACAAGUGUGGGAAACCGUAGUAGAGCCGGACUGGGCCAUCACUAUGCACAUGUGGCCCGUCCCGGACAAGCCCAAAAAGCCUAAAAAGCCCAAGUCUCCGGAUCUACCUGAAGUACUAGAGGACGACCCCAAUCUGGUUACCAUCGUGGAUCCGAAGGCUCCAGGUGCGCACCCUCCUCUUCCUCCUCCACCACCCAUACCUCCGCCUCCACCAGACGCCGAGGUCUUCAUGGCUUCGGAUCUGUUGCCAUUCCCAGGGCCACUUGUUGACGCUCUUCACAUUCCAGCGGAUGGACAACCACCGCCGCCGCCUCCCGGUCCUAAGAAACCACGUCCCCGGGAGCCCAACCCGGGAGCCUUCGCCAUGUGGAUGAUAGGGAAUAGAGGCAAGCUGCCCAACAAGCCUUUAAAAGCGGAAAAAAAGCCUGAAGUCGUCCCGCAGCCUCAGCUGCUGCAGCAUGAUGAACAAUGCUGUGUCAUGUAA